CUGUUACAUAGUGAUGAGUGGAGAGGAAGAGGUCUCAAAACUUUUUAACUUUCUACUCUGUGCUUAUCACUGCUAGACAUUCUCCUAACUCACUGAAUCCUCACAACCCUGUAAGGUAUUUACUCUUCCCCUUUUGCAUAUUAGAAAAUGGAGGCUUAGGAUAAUAGGCUGAGUGACACUUGCCCAAGGCCACUCAGCUAACCCUGGACCUAUUUGACCCCUACCACCUGGUUCCACUUCCCCUACCAUCUGCAUCUCUUUGGUGCAGGUUCUAGCUUGCUGAGGGGGAACACCUGCUUAGUUCUGGGGAACAUGUAUAGGGAACAGAGCAGCCUGAGUGAGCAAGCAUGGGGCCCUCCUGGCUAACGGAAUCCUUGGGUCCAGCUAGAGUACCAUCUCUGGGCCUCUCUCCCUCUGCUUCCCUUGCUAACCCAGAACAUGCUGAUAGCUCUAUCCUGUAGACAAAUGCAUUUCUUUCCUGUAUGCCUGUGCAAGUCCGCUAUGCAUGCUAGUCAGCAGCCAGUGUUUGCUAGCAGUUUGCUUCAGUUCUGGGGCUCACUCUGGGUUUACUUAUAUUUUAUAUGUAUACCUCAUGUGUGGAAAUGGCUGGCUUGGAAUGGGAGCAGAGCUGUGGGGAAGAUGCUCAGCAGCAAUGGGAGGAGAAAAGGAGCUACAAGCCAGAAGCUGCAAGGGAAUUCAGGGGUCAUCUUUGCCAUCCCCCUACCUCCUGACAGGACUGCACCUGAGGGAGAACAACAUUUCAAAGGAUAAUACUGGACAAUCUAGAGUAUUCCUUGCAGCUUUGGGAGGGAAUGAAGGAUGGCAGCACGCCGUGCAUUAAAAGCUGUUUUGGUAGAUCUCAGUGGCACACUUCACAUUGAAGAUGCAGCUGUGCCAGGCUCACAGGAAGCUCUUAAAAGGUUGCGUGGUACUUCUGUAAUAGUUAGGUUUGUGACCAAUACAACUAAAGAGAGCAAGCAAGACCUGUUGGAAAGGUUGAGAAAAUUGGAGUUUGAUAUCUCUGAAGAUGAAAUAUUCACAUCUCUGACUGCAGCCAGAAGUUUAGUAGAACAGAAACAAGUCAGACCCAUGCUGCUGGUUGAUGAUCGGGCACUACCUGAUUUCAAAGGAAUACAAACAAGUGAUCCUAAUGCUGUGGUCGUAGGAUUGGCUCCAGAACAUUUUCAUUAUGAAAUUCUGAAUCAAGCAUUCCGGUUACUCCUGGAUGGGGCACCUCUGAUAGCAAUCCACAAGGCCAGGUAUUACAAGAGGAAAGAUGGCUUAGCCCUGGGGCCUGGACCAUUUGUGACUGCUUUAGAGUAUGCCACAGACACCAAAGCCACAGUGGUGGGAAAGCCAGAGAGGACAUUCUUUUUGGAAGCAUUGCGGGGAACUGGCUGUGAACCUGAGGAGGCCGUCAUGAUAGGAGAUGAUUCCAGGGACGAUGUUGGUGGGGCUCAGAAUGCCGGCAUGCUGGGCAUCUUAGUGAAAACUGGGAAAUAUCGAGCAGCAGAUGAAGAAAAAAUUAAUCCACCUCCUUACUUAACUUGUGAGAGCUUUCCUCAUGCUGUGGACCACAUUCUGCAGCAUCUACUGUGAACCAUUAUGUGCAUCUGAAGCAACUUGAGACGCAGCUUUUUAUUGUCUGGAAUGAAUCCCUUACCAACUCAAUGCCAGCAUCGACAGACACAUACCACUCAGUGCUGAUCGUGUUUUAACCCUCCUUUAUUGUGCAUUAAUUAGAAAGAAAGGUAUUAAAUUGCAGCCAGCAACUAAGCCUCACUAAUCCCUUUUGUUUUAUUUUGUAAUAGAAGAUGAGAUCCAAAGAAAGGGAAAGCUGAGAUUUUGUGCCAUCCCUUUUAAAAUAUUCAUCAGGGUAGGCAGGCCUGGAAGGGAGACGCUACUACAGGGGCGAGUGUUCUCUGCUGUCUCCUCACUGGGAAACGGGCGGGGAGGGGGGAAUUCAGACUGUGAGUAAAGUUGAAUGGUGGUUUUUAAAUUAUAAAGUUAUACAUUAAAAGGUCCAUUCGGCUGUAGUUUUAAUAUCAAGUUCAACUGUGAAAUCCAUCAGAAGUGCCAAGCAGAAUAUAAGACAUAAGCAGCAAAGCGAAUUGUCCUUUCGCCCAAGUGAGACAGUGAAUUUGCUUUAACAGAUGUUGAAAACUAGAUUUUCUACUGUAUUCCCAGCACGGGUGACUUCUUUUCUCUUCAUUAGCCAGAGAUGACUAAUUUAAAUUUAGAACCGGAUUUUAAUUUAAAAUAAUAUUUCCAUUAAUAACCUAUUCAUUGCAGAUACCUAUUAUACUGUGUAACAGUUGUUUUGGAAAUUUUAUGUAAAAUUAAAACUAUCAGUAUUUUACAGAUGUUUUAAUUAGACAUUGUUAUUAACAGGAACAGUGCAGAAACUAAAAUCAAGCCUUUAAUGUCUUAUAGACCAUGCAUUUUUGAAGUUAGGGUCCACCAGGGUCCUAUUAACUGUACAUUUGCAAGAUUUCAUUAUUUUUGCCUCUGACACUCUGGGAAAAAUCUUUUAGAAGCUAUUGGGACAGAUUCAAGCUUUUAUGUACUUGGUUGCCACAGCUGUAAAAUGAAAUCUCGUCUUGGAGCAUGGAUUAUUCUUCUCAUGUUAAACCCACCAAAAUGAAGGGGACUAAGUAGGUAAUGAUUUUCCUAGUGCAUUUGCAUACUGUGAUAAUCCUGGGCCUUCGCAAUUGUUUCACAGGGCUCUUGGGCAUUGAAUUAUUAGAAUGUAAUUGUACAUGAUUGUAGUGUUCACCUUAUUGAAACUCACGCUGAUGUUAAUGAGCUUCGGGUUUUGAUGCUUGUUUAGAGAUCAGCUUGGUCUUAGAUGGAAGGGAGGAAAGCUAAAUAAAUGGUAGUUUGGUGA